UUCGUUGUAACACCAGCAAAGCUGUAAAUACGAAGACAUUACGCAGGACACGUGAAGGCAGCAAAGCAUGAACGUAAACUUCGGUGUGACGGAAAGCACAGAGUGUGCGCUGAAGUAUAUCCACCUUUAGGAUGGCAACGACGACUUGUUUGGUGUAAAAGACGGGCGGUAGUCGGUGGGAAAGUCUGGCUUGGACCGUCCCGAGGCGAGGUGAGCCACCAUGGGGACACGGUGGUCUCGUAGCGGCAGCAGCAUGUCGCUCCUCCCGGAGAGACAGAGCUCUGUGCGGCAACCAGAGGACAGAGAGUCCGAUAAUGAGUCUCUGGAUGGGCUCGUCAGACGGGAGGACAUAGCUCAGUUCCCCUACGUGGAGUUCACCGGCAGGGAUAGUAUAACGUGUCCGACAUGCCAAGGCACAGGACGGAUACCCUCAGAUCAAGUGAAUGAACUGGUUGCAUUGAUCCCAUACAGCGACCAAAGGCUGCAACCCCAAAGAACGAAGCUGUAUGUGGUUCUGUCAGUUGUGUUGUGCCUCCUGGCUUCUUCACUGGUGGCCUUCUUCCUCUUCCCUCGCUCUGUGGUCGUGGUGGAUGAUGGGAUACACAUGGUGACUGUGCACUUCGAUCACACCAACAUGAACGUCAGAAUGAACAUGACGAGCACUCUGAACCUCAGCAACCCAAACUUCUUCUCGGUGCUGGUGCAGAGUGUGAGCUGUCAGGUCCUCUACAUGAAGACGGUGAUCGGCACUCAGCAGCUAGACAACGUCACCACCAUCCUGCCGCUCAGUCAGAGUCAGGUGAACUACACUGUCAGCGUGGAGAUUGGUAGCAGUGCACCCUACGUCUAUGCCUUCUGUACCAUGCCCAGCAUUAAGGUCCACAACAUUGUUGUAUAUAUGCAAACCUCGGUGAAAACCUCAUACAUGGUGCGAACAUCCCAGAACAGCCUCGAGGCGUAUCGCUACAUAGACUGCGGUUCAAACACCACACGGCACCAGACGGCCAAGCAGCACAGACACCUCAUCCCUGCGCUGCUGUGAUCGGAGCUGAUCGCCUCUCCGGAUGAGGUGGAUGUCACUGCACACUCCAUUUUUGCAGAGGUAACCACCAGCAGCAAAAUACGAAACAGUGCUUUCUUCUAAGCUCACACAGAAUACGAAGCGUCGGGUAGCUGUUAACUUGUGCCUUUGAGCGAUGAAGUGAAAAACAGGGCAAGUGAAAUCUAUGAAGUGCAGCAGCUAUAUUUUUUUUAACCACGUAUUGGUUCUCAUUGGCAACAGUUAAAGGUUUUGUUGCUAGUUGUUAGUCAGGGGAAAUUUCUUGCCCAAGCAGCCACUUUUUGGUUUUUACUUGAAUUAGUGGGUCAGAUGAUCACCUCAACUCAUGAUGUCUAAAAUGCAAGUUUAAAAACGCAGUUUUUGUGAUUUCAGACUUGCUGACAGAAUUACGCGCAUGUUCCACUUGUGAGAAUGGAGUGACAAAUUGAAUGAGUCAUUGCCAACAGGGCACUCAGAUUUGGAGGCAGGACAAAUGUCAGAGAAAGCUCUUUUCUUAAAGGGAAAUGACCGUCAUGCCAACCUGACUGACAUGCUAGAGUUGGCUUUUUUUUGCUCUAGCUAUAAUUAACGCUGCAGAGCUCUGUCUGUGUCUGCUGCUGUCGUAACAUCAGGGAGCAUUCUUCAGCAUAGCUCGCAUGACUUUUGGUUUUGUAACACUGUGUUGGACUUAAGGUUGUUGACUUUUCUUUUCAAAAACGAGAAGUAGAGGAGCCUGCCUGCUGUCUUCUGUUUUUUUUUUUUGGGGGGGGGGGGGUGAUUUGAUGUCUGUUUUUGCACCUUGAAACUGGGACAUAUUGUUGAGCAUAUUGCCUUUGCUGUGUUAUUUAACUGUUACUGAAGUUGAAAAUGGCAUUUACAGAUUUAACACACCACAGAUGUUUUUAAAUGAACUGAUAAAUUAUUUUUUGGUUGUUUUUGGUCUCAUCACAGCAAAUGUAAGCACACAGAUUUUAGAUUCAGGGUAAUGCACAUAUAUGAGUGUCAUAGAGAGGAAUACUGUUCUCAGACCAGAUUUUCUGUCAGGUGUUGGUGUAGCUCAUGGGUUAAUCAUUUAGGAUACUGUGGAAUGGAUUACAGGAUCAGCAAGGUCAUUAGUUCUUUAUCAUACACACUCCUGGCCAGGCUACUUAAAGAGAAAUAUAAUUCGUAAUGUUCAAUAUCUGUAUACAGCAUCCUCUCCACAGUGGCCUUAAAAAUAGAUCUACACUGUUAUUUCCUUUGACUUCUCCUUCAUCAGUGUUUUAAUUAACUCCUCCCCAUCUGUUCUGUAUAGAUGUGACUGUCAUAAGGUCAUUUUCAAAAUGGAAACAAAGUUACUGAAGGCGGUUGUAAUUUGAUUUUUUUUAAAGGGACAGUUAUUUGUAAAUUUGUGAAUGAAAGAUUUUACCAAGUUUUUUUU